ACCGCGCCCAGGAAGAUGUACCAGAGCUUGGCGCUGGCCGCAAGCCCCAGCCAGGCCGCCUACGCCGACUCGAGCGCCUUUCUGCAUGCUCCGGGCGCCGGGUCCCCGAUGUUCGUGCCGCCGCGCGUCCCCUCCGUGCUGCCCUACCUGCAGGCGUGUGAGCCGGGCCCGCAGCCCCCCGCGCUCGCUGCGCACCCCGGCUGGGCGCAGGCAGCCGCCGCGGACUCCUCGGCCUUCGGCUCCGGCAGCCCGCACCCGCCGGCCGCGCAGCCGCCCGGAGCCGCCUUCUCCUUCUCGCACAGCCCCCCGGGGCCGGGCGGCGGCGGCGCGGGGAGCCGGGACGGCAGCACCUACCAGGGCGCGCUGCUGGCGCGGGAGCAGUACCCGGUGCCGCUUGGGCGGCCUGUGAGCGCCUCGUACCCCGCCGCCUACUCGGCCUACGUGGGCCCGGACGUGGCCCCGUCCUGGACCGCCGGACCCUUCGAAGGCAGUGUCCUGCACGGCCUCCCGGGCCGCCCGGCCGGCCUCUCGGGCCGCAGAGCCACCUUCGUGUCUGACUUCUUGGAGGAGUUCCCUGGCGAGGGUCGAGAGUGCGUCAACUGCGGGGCCCUGUCCACGCCGCUGUGGCGCCGCGACGGCACAGGCCACUACUUGUGCAAUGCCUGCGGCCUCUACCACAAGAUGAACGGCGUCAACAGGCCACUGGUACGGCCCCAGAAACGCCUGUCCUCGACCCGCCGCGCGGGCCUCUGCUGCACCAACUGCCACACGACCAACACCACGCUCUGGCGGCGGAACUCGGAGGGGGAGCCCGUGUGCAACGCCUGCGGCCUCUACACGAAGCUGCACGGGGUGCCGCGGCCUCUGGCCAUGAAGAAGGAAAGUAUCCAGACGCGGAAGCGGAAGCCGAAGAACGUGGCCAAGACCAAGGGCCCCUCAGGGUCCACAGCAAACGCCACAGCCUCCCCGUCCACAGCCACCAGCGCUGACAGCUCAGCGGCCACUUUGAAACCUGAGCCUGGCCUGGCAUCCCCGAUGUGCCCCGGGCCCAGCAUCACCUCCCAGGCCUCCAGCCAGACAGACGCCGCGCUCGCCCCCAGCCACUUGGAGUUCAAGUUCGAGCCUGAGGACUUCGCCUUUCCCUCCACAGCCCUGGGCCCUCAGGCCGGCCUCGGCGGGGCCCUGCGGCAGGAGGCCUGGUGUGCCCUGGCCUUGGCCUAGGUGCCCAAGCUCACCGGCAUCCGGCAGCCUCCCUGGAACAGGCGCCCACUGGAGUCGCCUCGGUGCCUGCUUUGCUUGCGCACAGUGGGAGGCCACUGGGCCCACCCACCGGAAGAGACCCGGUGUCUCCACACGCUAUCGGGGCCUCCUGUAGGCAGUCGGGCUCCAGAACAAGAAGGUGGCUGAUGGGGAACGGCUCAAGUCCCCAUGCCCGGAUAGUAAGGGGCUCCCCGGGCGCAGUACCAGCCUCUGAACCAUGCUGGCCGCUGUGCA